AUGUACAUAAAAAUUUACAUAUCGAACUCGCCCGAAUCGGAUGACGGAUUUCAACUGGAAUAUAAAGAAGUGGACGUACCAGUCGCACAAGAUUGUCCAAAGUCGUUGAAUUUGCCCAAACCUGACAGCAUCGUUUGGCCCGAGUUGGACAAAGUGCUCUCACCGGAUUGUACUUUCAAUUUUCAAUUUUCCGGCCCUGAAGCAAGCCGAAUCGAUGCGUUUUUCCCCUACGUUCGACUCCCUCAGAUAACAGAUUGUGGGACCAAUUAUUUCCAGGUCGGAGACGGGGUCGAUGUAAAUUCGACGGAGACAAAGUACUGUGGCGUGAUUGCCCCGAUGAAGAUUCGAUCCAGUGAGAACAAACUGCAUAUCAAUAUCGCACUAAAAAAUCUGCCCUGGGGAAAUCUGGUACAUUUCAUUGUCAAAGUGGUUAAACCGUUCCUGUGCAAACCGACAGUGCAAACCAACGUCACUGGAAUAGCAGUAAAUGCGACCGGAAACGGGUUUUUCAUUCCUACACAAUCUAACUGUACGCAAAUGAUUCAAUCGCCCGCAGGAAAAUACAUUCAGUUGACAUUUAUGGAACUUCAACUCGGGACCGAACCGAAUUGCACGGACAGUUUUGUGCAAGUGGGCCCCGGACAAAAUCCGCUGGAGAAACCUGGCCCGAAAUACUGCAACCUAAGCAAACCGGACACAGUACUGUUGUUCAACGUGUCUGAAGUCUAUUUGGUACUUUUUGACAAAGCACCCCUGAAAACGGAUCGAAUGUCGUUUAUUGUGAAAGAAGAAUUGUACGCUUUGGAACUGAUUCCUCGAGAUGCAUACUGUUCGUCAAGCACUGCGUACCGAUGACGAAAACAGUUGAAUUUCUCACGGGCACCCUACCUCAAUCAUUUGCUCUGCCUGUUGCAGAAUAUUCAUGCCCCAAAUGAAACAACUCCGGGUUGUAAUAUGAAUCAACUGACAAUUGAGGAACAUCACAUUCAAAAGCGUUUCAUCAAACUGUGCGAGUCUGAACUGCCUUGGACAUAUGUAAGUGGAGCUGGCACCGUACGCGUCCUGAUCAAUGGGACCACCUUUGAUGCGGAAGACCAAUUCGUUCUCGCAUACAUAUCAAAUGAGAAACUUAGCAUGAAAUUCGAAGUGAACAUCCUCAUAGGCAUGCUCCUGGUCAAGAAAUCUUUGAUGUCUGUGCACCCGCACGUACUGAUCAAUGCUUUCAUAAAUGUUACGUUCAAACCCACAUUGAAUCAGCCUAUGAAGCAGACACCAGAGGAUAAAUGUGAUCAGAUGGAAGACUUUACUCACUAUGUGUCUAUUGAUGAGCGUAUAUUCGAAUAA